GUGGCUGAGAUUUCAGUCCUGCCUGGGGACUUCAUGCUAGGAUGGCCCUGCGGUCACUGGCUCUGAGGUUUCUCCUGCAUCUCCUUGCAUCUCUACUGUCAGCACAUGGCCAGGAAGAACUUUUCAACAUCCAGAUAGUGCCCCAGGGAACAGCAAUGUGCCAAAGGCCCCUGUGGGACUCCACACUCCAACUGGCACCAGACCAGGUGAAUUAUAAGAAGAAUGAAGAAGUGAAGCUGAACUGCCCUGAAGGUUUCCAGCCAUCCUUCACCCAUGUCAAAUGUUCGAGCGAAGUCCAGUCCUUCACUGGUGGGAAACCUGUAUACAGAGAAGUCUGGACUGGAAAAAACUCCCGAGGUGCCUGGGUCCACAUUCGGUCCAGCGUGGAGUGCAGCGAAGUGCUCCAGGUUGACCCUGAGACCUUUGAGAUUUCCAGCACCAGCAUCAAACUGAAAUGGACCUGCAGGUUCCCUGAUGCCUGCCAGGGCAUGAGGGCCAUGUGCCGGCUGGCAGCGCCUUCCUCCCCUCCCUGUGAGGCUGAGGAGGUGAAUGGAGAGCAGAUGUUACAUGGCCAGGAGGGAACAUUCACCUGCUCCCCUUUGCAGCCCUUCACUGAGUACAGUGUCACCAUUGAUUUGCCCCCCAACACAACCCUGUUCUCAUGGUUGUUCACGACAGAGGAAACAGUGCCGGACAAACCGGAGCAGCUGUGGCUGGAUCCCGACAGGGGCUCUCUCAGGUGGAGCUCGCUGCCCUCCUGCAAAGGGGAGAUCAUCGGAUACCAGCUGAGCAUCACAGCCAGGAAUGUCGGGGACAGCAGCGUGCUGGAGACGGAGCGGCUGCGGCUCAAUGGCUCCGUCACCGAGCACCGGCUGCCGGAGCACAGCCCUGGCAGCAGCUACGCCGUGAUGAUCCAGGGACUGACGGCUGCUGGAGCCGGGGCUGCGCUGAUGAGGGAGUUUCACGGCAACAGCAGCUCCGACACCCCGCGCCCCGAGGGCAUCAGCUGCCGCAGCGUCCGCGACAUCGCCCCAUCGCAAGGGACGGCCGUGCUUCCCCUGAGACCCAUCGCCCGUGGCUCUGAGGCCGCCAGGGAGCACCAGCUGAUCGUGGCCGCGACGCACAACGGCUCGCUGAUCGAGAGCAUCUGCUCGGGGCAGCCACCGCUCUCCAAUGCCAGCGUGUACCUGGCCGCUGUUCUCAACCUCACCAACCCCACGGACUUCGUGCUGGGCGACGGCAGCCGCGGCCAGGGCCAGCACAACGCUGCCCUCCGCCCGGGCCGGGACUACACGGCCCUUCUGCGCCUCGUCCGCCUCGGCCCGCAGGCAGAGAAGUUCACCUGUGUCUGCUACAGCUUCUCUGUUGUUGCAGAGCAGACUGCGGGCCAGUGGCAUUGGAUUGUGAUUGGACUGGUUGUGCUGUUGGCUGUCCUCCUUGUGGCUGCAGUCAUCCUGUGGCUUGUGGUCUCCAGAAAAAGGAAGUACUUGCCCAGCAAAACUAAGGAGGAUAAUUUAAAAGGUAAAGCUGGCUAGGCUGGAGAUCAGUCACUUCAGCCCCAGCCAGGACCAUGGAGACAUCCUGAGCAAAGGGGACAUGGAGAAAAUGGGAAGGAUGACCCCAGCCCAGUGCUGAUGGCUGCCAUGUCCCCUGGCUCUCCUGUGACUCUGACCAGCACGGGAGUCCCAUGAAACUCAUCAAAUUCAGCAGGGCAAGAGGAAAACAGAAGGCUGAGGAGAGCUGAGCUUUUCAUUCCUCAGCCCCUUCACCUCCCAGGUUUUGCUUACUGCUUUUGUAAGGCCUUUGAAUCGGGCUUUCUGUAAUCCUUUUUUUCAGGCUUUGCUUUCCUGGAGGCAGGGCUUGUAUGCUGGAUUUCCCAGUCCCAGACUCACACAGGCUCAGGUUGAUGGCAUUCUCCUGCUGUCCUCUGGGUUCCCAACUCUUCUGCCCCCUCUGCUGAUAUUCAGCCAAACCCAGGGCUUUGCUUGGCCUGGCUCAACUGCUUUGUGACUCUGCCUGUUCUGUCAAUAAGGAAUAAAGGCUUAUGGAUUGGAGGG